GGCUGGUUCUUAAGUGCUUCUCUCUCUUAUUCUGUCACACUGACAAAUACUCACUGAAAAGAUGUCCAAACCAGGCGGCGACAAAUUCCUGUCCAGCACUACAUUCGAGGUCUCCACUGACCUUCUCAAACCCAUGGACCCCAAGGUCAACCCCAUGGACCAAUCAACCAAAGCCACGGAGAAGGACCAGAUGGUUGGACUGAAUGACAAGUUUGUAGCAUUCAUUGACAAGGUGCAAAACCUGGAGCAGAAAAACAACGUCCUGGAAACACGUGUGAGGAUCCUGAAACAGCAGGUGUACUACAAGGGCGACGUGGACGAGGUGGUCCAGCAGCUGUCCAUUGAGCUGCAGCAGCAGAUUGAGGGUCUGACCCGGGACAAACUGAAGCUGGAGCAAGAACUGGCCCGUUGCCAAGAGGAUGUGAACCAAACACGGGACAGGUACGCGGAUGAGCUCCAGAGGAAGACGGUUCUGGAGGAUGACUUUGUGAUCACCAAGAAGGAUGUGGAUGAGGGCCACUUGGCAGCCGUGGAUUUGGCUCUGGAACUGGAGGAACUGAUGGGUGAACUGGACUUCCUGAGGCGGGGCUACGAUGAGGAGCUGAAGGAGCUGCAGUCUCAGGUCCAGAAUGAGACGGUGAUCGUGAGGGAGCGCAACAACAGAGCCCUCAACAUGGACAAGGUCAUCGAAAGCGCACAGAUUCAGUACGAAGAAAUGGCCAUCCGUGCCAGAGAGGAAUCAGAACUCUGGAACCAGAAAAAGAUAGAUGACAUUGUGCAGACAGCAGGAAAGUAUGAGCAGGACGCACGUGACAUGAAGAAGGACAUAGCUGACAUGCUCCGUGUUACCCAGAGACUAAGGGCAGAGCUGGAGGGCCUCAACAAGCAGAAAACGGAUCUGGAGAAAGACAUUGAGGAUUCAGAUGUUGGUGGUCAGAGGGAGUUGGAGCAGGCGAGGGAAAACAUGCUUGCGCUAGAGCAGGCUCUGCACAGGGCCAAGCAGGACAUGACCCGCCAAGUCAGGGAGUACCAGGAACUGAUGAACCUCAAACUGGCCCUGGACAUUGAGAUCGCCACCUACAGGAAGCUACUGGAGGGAGAGGAGAAGAGAUUGAAUGACUAUGUGCGUCAGCAAGAUUAUUAAAACCUCAACAACCAGUGCCAGUACUUCCUUCUAUGUGGAGGUUGAUUGACCACUGAAGCCUGUCUGGUUUUUGAAGCCCUUGCCAAAGAAAUGUCUGGUGUUUAAAACUGAGGUGAACGUGGUUUGCCAGGGUAGCAUAUGAGAGCUCAUAUUACUCAGAAAAUGACUUACACCUACUGUUACUCUGCUUUCACAACAUCAGCACUGUGUUUCACUUCUCUAAAUUCUCAAUCUAAAAUACAUUAAAAAAAAGUGUUAGAGUUCUUUUAUUUAAGCUACAGACCGACACAGAGGCUUGUACAAAAAUGCGUGCUGGGCUCUUUUUCACUACGCUUGUGCUCAUGUGUACACCAUCUGCUACACAGCUUGAAUUUCACUGAACCGUGUCCAUAAUAAAAGGCCAACUAAGGUAGCAAAUAUGAGUUUGGAAAUAAUGUCUGUCUCUCACCAAAUAGAAACCACCCCUUACCUCAAGGUAGAAUUGGACCUAUUAUCA